UCGGUUGGCAUUCAUGGUGCCUGGUUGGUCUCCGUCCUCCCAAGUCCAAGUCCUUCCCGAACCGACAGCGCGGAGAGGGAGAGACGAGAGAGUAAAGCCGGGCGGCAGUGAUUGCUGCGCGAACCCGUGAAGGCGGUUUGGCUUCAGGUUGUCUCCGUCGCGGUGACCCCGCGAAGGACACGGAAAGGGAAGCCUUACCUUCUUUCUCGCAUCGCAUCUCCCUCCGCGCCUCUGCAGCAGCCAAGGAGAACGAGCUUUCAGGAGUCCUUUGAUCCUUCCCCUUUGGUGAAUGCUUGCUUUUUUCUCCAGGUGUCUGGUGCCAACAUUUGCAGUGGUCUGCGUACAAGCCUGCCCCACAGUGAUCCCUGUCCCAGCCGGCAGUCACCAUGCUGAGGCAGUCGUCAAGCAGGAGCCAUAGAAGCAAGAAGCUCAGGCCAAGCCACAGUCUCCAGGUCUUCCUGUUCGUCGCCGUCGGCAUCUGGAUCGUCUACCAGCUGACGCAUUCGUACGGCAAGCGGCGGGUGGUGGCUGUGGAGACGGACGGCAGAGGCGGCGAGCCGGCACGGCGCCGGCUGGGGAGGAAGGGCUCCGUCGACUUCGCAGCUGGCCAGGCGUCUCUCGACGACAUCGUCGGGGUCGGGGACGGGAGCGACCUCGGACGGGGCGCCGACUCGUCGGACGAUCCGUUGAGCAAGUCUGGAGACGACGAGGACGACGACCCAGAAGAGGCUGGUGAAGAUGACGGCGUCGAUAGCGAUGCGGAGGACGGCCUUGCCGCUGAUGAAGACUAUGACGACAGAGAUCUCCAGUCUCAGAACGGCAGCGGUGAGGAUGAAGUGAAGACCGCUCACGGCGAACCUCAGAAUAGACUGAGCACAAGCAUUGUUCCUCCGGUGAACGCCACCGACACUGCGCAAGGCGGCGUUGCUGUUCUACUGGCGAAUGCGACUGGCCGUGCAGCUGAUGGCACUGCUCUGACUUUGAAUGGUUCUGCUCCGAAGAACACUUCAUCAGUUGAUCUGUCGUCGUUGCACGCCAGAGAAACAGCUGGUGAUAUUGGGCACAAGGUGCAGGCGAACAGUGGGUCUCCUGGUGAGAAUCAGAACCUUCAGAUCGACAGGAAUGGGACUCCAGACUCUGUCGCCGGACAUGGCACCUCGAGCUGA